AUGGCUGUCGUGCCGAACAAAGCUACAGAAUCUAGGAAGAACGGAACGGGUUGUUUCCUCUACAGGCUCUGGAAGGCUGUGAAGUGUGUUUUCUGCUGCUGUUGCCACUGUAGUGCUGUGAAUGUUGUGGAGCCUUUUGUUCCUCCAGCAGAUCUGGAGCCAGAGCCUGAUCCUGAUCCAUCAUCUCCUGCUCCUGAUCACUCCGGCGUCAAGACAAAUAAUGAGUCCUUUGAGUCUCUCUAUAGCGUUAUAAAGAUGAUUGGAUCUGGAGGAUUUGGCAGGGUGUACCAGGGAACACGCAAAUUUGAUGGCAAAAAGGUUGCCAUCAAGCGGAUUCGCAAGAUUGACAACAAUCGUUAUCUUAAUAUUCCUGGGCAUCCCGAACCUCUCGUUACAGAAGUGGCGCUGCUGAUGAUGAUGAGGCGAGAACCCAUAAGCCCCUUCGUCAUACAACUAUACGAGUGGUUUGAACAUCCUAAAGAAUUCACUCUGGUUAUGGAGUAUCCUGAACCCUACGAUAUCUUGCUGGACUUCAUCACUCGUAAUCAUCAAAUGCAUGAACCAACAGCACGGUUCAUCAUGCGACAGGCUGUGCUGGCAGUGCAACACUGCAUCCAUCAUGGGGUUUUCCACAAUGACAUCCAUGCGCAGAAUUUCCUGUUGAAGAGAGACCCGGUACAGCUCAAGCUGAUAGACUUUGGCUGCGGUCAGCUGUUUAGUAGAGAUGGCUACGAGAGCAACAUUUACAUUGGAGCACCGGAUUACUGCCCACCUGAAGUCUUGACAGAACCUCGAUUCCACGCCGUCCCAGCAAAUGUCUGGUCUCUAGGAGUGUUGUUGUACAAGAUGAUGAACGGAUGUUCUCCUUUUCGCAAUAGAAGAAAAAUCACACAAGCCAAAGUUACAUUUCUGAACCCCACCUUAUCCAAAAGAAAUGACAUACUUGCUGAGAGCUCUGAGCUCGAGACUCGACCCGAAGCCUGAAGUCCAACUCCAUCCUGACAGGAACUCAGAGUCUGUCCACGUCUGAGCAAGAACACGAGAGACUGCAAGACUGGAACGAAGUCAUCAAGUCAUCACACACACAUUUGCUUUGUUUUAAAGGUCAAGACAAGUCAUCUUCUACAAACAUUUGUGAAAGAAUGUGUCGCUCUCAGGAGCUCAGUGAAUUCAAGUGUGGUACCGUGAUAGGUUGCCAACUAUUCAUGAAAUUUCCUCACUAUUAAAUAUUCCACGGUCAACUGUUAGUGGU